ACAAAAUAAAACAAAAGUACGUCCAGUGCUGCCACUACAAGCCAGUAACAAAGCAGAAGACACGACCAAAACACGCAUGACAUCUUCAGUAGCUAUUUGACUGUUAAAUCAGUUCAUUCUGAUCAGUGUUCAUCAAGAAUGUCUCUGCUCGCACUGCAACUGACACAAUCCAUUAAAGGAAUUCAAAGAUUCUUGCCGAGAUGUCUGUAUCAAGCGAGAAACCACAGUACUCUGCUCAAGAGCAUUGGUUCACCUAAUAACGGAGCAGAUAUUUCUCCAACAUUUGGCUUAGGUUUGAUUACCAGAUGUAUGGCAUCUUUACAACAAAUGCAUCGAGAUGGGCCAGUGAUAAAGUCUCGUCCCUGCCGAAAUCCUUUGCAAGGAAAGCCAAUGGCCAAAGGUAUUGUUAUUCGUCCUGUUAUCAGAAAACCCAAGAAACCAAACUCUGCCAAUAGAAAAUGUGUACUAGUUAGACUGUCGAAUGGUAGAGAAUGUACGGCACAUGUCCCUGGUGAGGGUCACAAUUUACAGGAGCACAAUGUUGUCCUUGUGCGAGCAGGAAGACUCCAGGACUGCCCCGGUGUCAAAGUAAAAUGCAUCCGUGGAAAGUAUGAUUUACCUCAUGUCAUUAAGAGAUCUCAAUGAAUUAUGCUUAAUUGUUUUAAAACUGUGCAGUGUAUAUCAAUUACUGUUAUAAACAUGUUUAAAUUCAACAGUCAA